GAUCUUCUGUUGUGCAGAGAACAUUUUCAGUUUGAUUUUUUUCUGGGCCAGACCUUAAAAUUUUUCGUAAAAAACAAAUUUCGUUAGUAAAUUUAAUAGCACGGCGCGAAUAUGUUUACACGAGGUGCGUGCAUAAGGGCCUGCAAUUCGUGCAUGCAGCCCGUGAUUACGUUAAACUUUAGUUCCUUACUAUAUAAUGGCCUGGCGCCAAUUAUCGAAAACUGGCAAAUGACAACGCGUAAUAUGUCAAUAGGCCAGAAUAACGACAGGAAAAAGAAGCCCUACGCACAUUCUGCGAAAAUGAAAAUCAGCAUUCGCCGACACAAUAAGAUAUCGUCAGACGAGAAUCGGCUAAGUCCCAAUCAGAAAAAUAAGCUGAAAACGCAAUGCAAGAUAUUGGCUAGGAAAUUUAAGCUUGCCUGCCAGCGCUUGGUGGUCCAAGAGUUUGGCGGCGACAAUUUAAAAGAGGGCGAUAAAAGGCAAAUUUCACAAACAUGCCAGGAAUUAGCUGAACAGGAAAAGUGUCAACUGCUUGAAGAGCUCGAACAGCUGAGAUCUCAAUGCGAAAAACUGGGCAAACAGGAGCACCCGAACAAACUGGCCGAGCUAGAAAAACUGAACAAUGAAGCAACCGCACUCGGUGAGCUAUGCACAGAUUUAUAUCAGCAGCAGGAGAGCUAUAAAUUGGCGGACGAGGAGCUUAAGCAGCUGGAAGACGAACAGCUUCAGGAACCAAAGAAAUGUAAAAUACGAAAGGUGGAUAAAGCGGCGAUGUUGGAAAAGCACAAAAAGCAGCAACAGAAGCUGAAAAAACUAUCCAAGGAAAUGGCCCAGAAAGAAAUGUGUGCUAAGCUGGAAAAACAAAAGCAAUCGAAAAAAUCGGCCGAAGAGGAGAAAGCCAAGCCAGAGAAAGGCAAAAGUAAUUCAAAGCAGAAAAGCAAUCCAAAAGCUAAUAAAAAAGAGCAGCUUGAAGAAAAUGGUAAGAAUGUUGCCAAGAAGAACGAACAGAAGGAAGAGCCAAGUCAGGCGCCGGCCGAAAAAGAAAAUUGCGACGAAUCAGCCAAGUUAAACCAGUUGAGGAUGGAGAAAGAACAGUUCGAAAGGCAGUGUAAGAUAUUAGAAAAGCUUGAAGAGCUCAAGGAACAGUGCAGAGUAUUGGCAGAAAAGGCGAAAGGUAACGACGAAAAUGAGAAAACUGCCGAAGACGCAGAAAAUACUGAGAACCAAAGCACGGCUGACGGAGAAGACAAGAAAUGCAAGGAAAUGGCCGAAAAAGAAAAAUGUGCUAAAUUAGCUAAGCAGGAAAAAGAAAAAGGUCAGGCGAGUAAAUGUAAAGAAAUGUCCGAAAAAGCAAAUUGUGCUAAAUUAGCUAAGCAAGAAAAAGAAAAUAAAGAAAAGGAAGCUCAGGCGAAUAAAUGCAAAGAAAUGGCCGAAAAAGAAAAAUGCGCUAAAUCAGCUAAGAAAGAAACAGGAAAGGAAAAGGAAGGCCAGGCGAAUAAAUGCAAAGAAAUGGCCGAAAAAGAACAAUGCGCUAAAUUAGCUAAGCAAGAAAAAGAAAAUAAAGAAAAAGGUCAGGCGGGUAAAUGCAAAGAAAUGUCCGAAAAAGCAAAUUGUGCUAAAUUAGCUCAGCUUGAAAAAGAAAAGAAGGAAAAGGAAGCUCAGGCGAAUAAAUGCAAGGAAAUGGCCGAAAAAGAAAAAUGCGCUAAAUCAGCUAAGCUUGAAAAAGAAAAGAAAGAAAAGGAAGCUAAGGAAGCUGCGGCGAAAAAAUGCAAGGAAAUGGCCGAAAAAGAAAAAUGUGCUAAAUUAGCUCAGCUUGAAAAAGAAAAGAAAGAAAAGGAAGCUAAGGAAGCUGAGGCGAAUAAAUGCAAGGAAAUGGCCGAAAAAGCAAAAUGCGCUAAGCUUGAAAAAGAAAAGAAAGAAAAGGAAGCUAAGGAAGCUGAGGCGAAAGAAUGCAAGGAAAUGGCCGAAAAAGAAAAAUGUGCUAAAUUAGCUCAGCUUGAAAAAGAAAAGAAAGAAAAGGAAGCUAAGGAAGCUGAGGCGAAUAAAUGCAAGGAAAUGGCCGAAAAAGCAAAAUGCGCUAAGCUUGAAAAAGAAAAGAAAGAAAAGGAAGCUAAGGAAGCUGAGGCGAAAAAAUGCAAGGAAAUGGCCGAAAAAGAAAAAUGUGCUAAAUUAGCUAAGCUUGAAAAAGAAAAGAAAGAAAAGGAAGCUAAGGAAGCUGAGGCGAAAAAAUGCAAGGAAAUGGCCGAAAAAGAAAAAUGUGCUAAAUUAGCUAAGCUUGAAAAAGAAAAGAAAGAAAAGGAAGCUAAGGAAGCUGAGGCGAAAAAAUGCAAGGAAAUGGCCGAAAAAGAAAAAUGUGCUAAAUUAGCUAAGCUUGAAAAAGAAAAGAAAGAAAAGGAAGCUAAGGAAGCUGAGGCGAAAAAAUGCAAGGAAAUGGCCGAAAAAGAAAAAUGUGCUAAAUUAGCUAAGCUUGAAAAAGAAAAGAAAGAAAAGGAAGCUAAGGAAGCUGAGGCGAAUAAAUGCAAGGAAAUGGCCGAAAAAGAAAAAUGCGCUAAAUCAGCUAAAAAAGAAAAAUCAGGAAAAGAAAGCCAGAAAAAACCCGCCGAAAAAGAACAGAGCGAUGAUGAGGCUAAAUUGACGAUGGAGAAAGACGAGUUUAAAAAGCAAUGUCAGAUAAUGGAAAAGCUUGAAGAACUGAAGAUUCAGUGCCAAAAAUUGAUUGAUAAGCCGAAAAAUUCGCCAACGAAUAACAAAAGCUGUUUAAGCCAAGAGGAUCUUAGAAAGCGGUGCAUGGAAAUUUCUUUAAAAUUAAAAUGCGAUAAGUUAGAUGAGCAAGAAAAUGAAAACAAGGAAAACGAAGGCCAGGCGAAUAAAUGCAAGGAAAUGGCCGCAAAGGAAAAAUGCGCUAAAUUAGCUAACCAAGAAAAAGAAAAGAAGGAAAAAGAACAGCUAGCUAAAAUGUGCAAAGCUUUUGCUCAAGAGGAACAGUCCGAUGCUAAAAAACAAAGCAUGGUAAUGGCAAAACUUGAAGAACUGAAAGAACAUUGCAAGAAAAUGUCUGAAAAAGAAAAAUGCGCUAAAUUAGCUAAGCUUGAAAAAGAAAAGAAAGAGAAGGAAGCUAAGGAAGCCGAGGCGAAAAAAUGCAAGGAAAUGGCCGAAAAAGAAAAAUGUGCUAAAUUAGCUCAGCUUGAAAAAGAAAAGAAAGAAAAGGAAGCUAAGGAAGCCGAGGCGAAAAAAUGCAAGGAAAUGGCCGAAAAAGAAAAAUGUGCUAAAUUAGCUAAGCUUGAACAAGAAAAGAAAGAAAAGGAAGCUCAGGAAGCUGAGGCGAAAAAAUGCAAGGAAAUGGCCGAAAAAGAAAAAUGCGCUAAAUUAGCUAAGCUUGAACAAGAAAAGAAAGAGAAGGAAGCUAAGGAAGCUGAGGCGAAAAAAUGCAAGGAAAUGGCCGAAAAAGAAAAAUGUGCUAAAUUAGCUAAGCUUGAACAAGAAAAGAAAGAAAAGGAAGCUCAGGAAGCUGAGGCGAAAAAAUGCAAGGAAAUGGCCGAAAAAGAAAAAUGCGCUAAAUUAGCUAAGCUUGAACAAGAAAAGAAAGAGAAGGAAGCUAAGGAAGCUGAGGCGAAAAAAUGCAAGGAAAUGGCCGAAAAAGAAAAAUGUGCUAAAUUAGCUAAGCUUGAACAAGAAAAGAAAGAGAAAGAAGCUAAGGAAGCUGAGGCGAAAAAAUGCAAAGAAAUGGCCGAAAAAGAAAAAUGUGCUAGAUUAGCCAAGCUUGAAAAAGAAAAGAAAGAAAAGGAAGCUCAGGAAGCUGAGGCGAAAAAAUGCAAGGAAAUGGCCGAAAAAGCAAAAUGCGCUAAGCUUGAAAAAGAAAAGAAAGAAAAGGAAGCUAAGGAAGCUGAGGCGAAAAAAUGCAAGGAAAUGGCCGAAAAAGAAAAAUGUGCUAAAUCAGCUAAGCUUGAAAAAGAAAAGAAAGAAAAGGAAGCUGAGGCGAAAAAAUGCAAGGAAAUGGCCGAAAAAGAAAAAUGUGCUAAAUCAGCUAAGCUUGAAAAAGAAAAGAAAGAAAAGGAAGCUGAGGCGAAUCAAUGCAAAGAAAUGGCCGAAAAGGAACAAUGUGCUAAAUUAGCUAAGCUUGAAAAAGAAAAGAAAGAAAAGGAGGGUCAGGCGAAUAAAUGCAAGGAAAUGGCCCAAAAGGAACAGUGUGAAAAGUUAACUAAACUUGAAAAAGAAAAGAAAGAAAAGGAUGCUCAGGCGAAUAAAUGCAAGGAAAUGUCCGAAAAAGAACAAUGCGCUAAAAUGGCUAAGAAAGAUGAGCAAAACAAUGAAAACGAGCUGAAGAAGAAAUGCAAAGAAAAUGCGCAGAAAGCCGAAUGCGAAAAAAUGGCCUUGCAGGAAAAGUUGAAAAAGGAACAUAUGGCCUUUAAAGAAAAGUGCGCAAAAAUGGCUAAUUUUAAAAAGCUAAGGGAAAUGUGUCUGAGGUUGGCCGAGGAAAAGAAGUGUAAGGAAGAGAAGGCGAAUAGUGAAGCUCCAAAGGAAGCUUCGACUAAAAGUUCUGAUAAUGUAAAGUCACAACAGCAGGAUGUUUGGGAAGAGAAACAAAGUAAAAACGGCACUGAGCGCCGAGCCGAUCGAAAAGCAGCAGGUGCAAAAUUAAGAGAAGAAUGCGAAAGAUUGGCCAAUCAGACUCCAGAAGAUUCCGGAUAACAAGUGUUCAGUCUUAAAGACCUAUAUGAGCAGAAAUCGUGUAGUAUAUACAGACUAAACAUUCCCCAUUUAUAAAAGUAGAAAUAUUUUUUAUUUAGGCCCUAUAAAUUUAUUCCUACGUUUUGGAAAUGUGUUGACGAGCUACCGGAGAAGAAUCAUGCACAUAAUUUACCCCAAAUUUCGGUAACAUACGCAAACGCACAUUUAUACAAAUAAUUGCUCAUAAAAACAAAUGAUUCAAGCUGCUCCACUCUGCACUACGCAACAAAACAACCGAUUUUUGUUUUUAUCAUCCGAUUGUUACCAACUUUUUGGACAAAUAUAUAUUUAUAUGACAAGUACAAA